GAGAAAUCCAGUGGAAGGUGCUAGAAGAGACUUGAGAGACCCGUGUGAAGAUGGAACAGCAGAAGGAAGAGACUGGACCUGAGGGGAACAGCCUGUCCCUGCCGUCACCUGGCACGGAAUGGUGUCCCCCCGCACCUUUCCCAGCCCUGCCAUCUUCUUUCUUGGGCACCCCAGAUCCAGCCCACCUGGGACUCCCCGAGAGCCUGGCCUCUGUCACUGUCCCCAUCCGUCUUGACGCCCUCUCCUACCUCCUGCACAGUGCCCUGCUGGGGGCGUACACCCUUCAACAGUCCCUGCCCGCCUGCCCCUGCAACCCCGAGGCAUGCAGCACCCAACCGGGCGCCGCCAGGAGGCCAUCUACCGGUCGCGGGGGCUGGGACGUCCGGCGCAGGCCACGCCGGGGCCAGCGGCGAUGGGGCCCUGGGAGGGCCGAGCAGCCAGAGAAGGGCUGGGCAGGGAGCUCUGGGGCUGGCCCCAGGACCCCGCCCGUGAUGCCGCCGUCACCGCCAACACCGCCUACCCAGGACGCGAAGAAGGAAGUGCGAGGCCCAGAGCCACCAGCUGCCACCGAGGACUGGGACACUGAGUACUAGGACCCUGACGACCCGGCCCAGGGUCCGGAGAGGGCCUCUCGGGGUCGCUAGGAGGGUUUUCCUGCAGCUCAGAGUGACCUCGGCCUCGUCAGAGACACCCCAAGAAGCAUCCUGCUUGC